UACAUUUAUAUUUUAUUAUAUAUUAUAUAGAUUUUCAGAACCCCUCAGUUGUAUUAGUAAAUCAUUGAUCCGAUUCCCAAGCGGUUUAAUGACCGGUCCGGUCAAUAUUGCUCUUUAACACACACGGGGAGGGAGCUUAUCAGAUAGAAAUAGUGGUCGCGUGUUUGUGUGUUUCAAAGCGAGAGAUGAAGCUAUCCUUGAAAGUCCAAGAUCAGCACCACCACCAACAAAACCAAAACCACCAAUACAACCACCAUGAGAACCACCCACUUCUCCUCCGAGCCAAAAUCCCCAUAUCAAUCCUCAACCACCCCUUCCUCUCCCACUUCACCACCACCACCGACCCAUCCUCCAACAUCUCCCUCUCUCUCUCCACCAAUUUCCCCUCUGGCCCCUCCCUGAAACUUUCCUACACCACCCCCACCUCCUCCCCCUCCAGCACGGCAACAUCACCACUCACUCUCUCUCUCAAAUCCGGUACCGGCCUCUUCGGGUCACCCAACAACUCACCCCUUGUCAUCUCUGCUCACUUAUCAUUUUCCCCACAAAACCCUAACUGUAACCCCACUUUCUCUCUCCACUUCAAACCCCAACUUGGUUCCUUCUCUCUCAAAAAAACCACUUUUUCUAAUCCAGACCCUAAUCCUAAUCCUAAACCCAAUGGUGGGGUUGAUUCGAAUUCAUUUGGGUUUGUACCAAUUGAGAGACCUAUGCAUUGGGAGGAAUUGAAUAUGGUUUCUGAUAAACACAAAAAUUCCAUUUUUAAGGGGAUUUCGGUGCUUGCGAGGACGGAAAUGCCCGUCACAAAACGGGUGGCCAUAAAUUUCCGGUGGGGUGUGAACUUCCCUGAGGAUUUGGGGAAGCAAAUGCCAGUUUUGAGCGUGAAUAAGAUUGGGAUUGAGAGGAUUCAUGAGGCAAAGGAAGAGAAGGGUGUGAAAGAGAAGAGUAAGGGAGGUGAUGUGGAAUUGAUGAAAGGAAUGUUUUUAUGGAUGAGAAGAGAACUGGAUGUGUUACAGAGAGAUAAUAGGGAGAUGAAGCAUAGAUUGGAGGAAAUGAAGUUGGGGAACUUGGCCAGCGAUCAACGUGGGGGCGCUGAGGGUGUCAGAAAGAAGGCAUUGCCAGUGCUUGAAAAUCCUGGUGCGUUUGAGCAGUGGAGGAGCAAGAAUAGUGGUGGGCAAGAGAAUGGUUGGAAAGAGGCGAAGAAGAAUGGGAAUCGUGUAAGUGAUGUGGAGAGUGAAUUGCAGAGAGCUAUUAAGGCAGCUUCCUCUUAAUGAGGUUUGACUUAAUGUGCAUUGUGUAUUUCAUUGUUUUGCUUGUGAAUGUACAUAAGAAUUGUAUUGUAUCAACUGAGAUUGUCCUACGUAUUUUCAUGAAGGAGAGAGCUAGCCUUCCUAGUUUUAUAAUGUCAUGCUUAGGCCUUUUGGAUUAAUCAGCAGAAUAUUGGGAUCUCCUAGUGCUUCUAUGGUAAAUGUGACACUGAAUUUCCUGUAAUUUAUUAAAAGAGUUGUGGGAUUAGUUCGUGUUAUCUUUCUUUUGACUGCAUUGUAGCUUACAGAAGUUCAUGAAAAUUGUGUUGCAAAAAAGUCGUUUUCUAAUAUAGCUAUUCGAGUCUAUUUUGUACAUCUUUGAUGGGAAGAUAUCAU